AUGCUCCUGGGAAGGAAACAAGACCCUCCUGACGAAGAAACCAGCCAACAAGAUCCUCCUGACGAAGAAACCAGCCAACAAGAUCCUCCUGACGAAGAAACCAGCCAAGAAGACUCUCCUGACGAAGAAACUAGCCAACAAGACUCUCCUGACGAAGAAACCAGCCAACAAAACUCUCCUGACGAAGAAACCAGCCAACAAGACUCUCCUGACGAAGAAACCAGCCAACAAGAUCCUCCUGACGAAGAAACCAGCCAAGAAGACUCUCCUGACGAAGAAACUAGCCAUGAAGACCCUCCUGAUGAAGGCGGCAGUCGGGGCGCGAGUCUUAAGAGAUCUUUCUGA